AUUAAGAAAUGGGAAAACGGUGAUCGAACCGAGUGAACCGUUCGAUCCAAAACGAGCGCACCUCCGCGCAAUUCGGAUUCCAUUGGGGAGAAUAAUCCGCCCGAGCCCCGUCCGCCAUCGCCUGCUUUCGGAUCCUCCGCAUCGCCGCCGCCGCCGCCGCCUCCUGCGCCGGAACUUGCUCAUAGAUGAUAAAAACCCUCGCAGUAUCCUUCGCCGGUUUCCUUCCCGGUGGCAAGUUCAUUGUUAUUACCACCACCCACGACGUCGUGAAACCACCACCAGCCCCAUGUGCAUCGCUGCCACUGACGCCAUUGCUUUCUUCCUCUCCCACAUUGAACAGUGCCUUGCCACCAAGAAUCUUAAGCUUGGUCAUUGCCUGCAUGCUUGCCUCACCAAGACUGCGCUCACCCAACACACCCUCAUUGCCAACCGCCUCAUUGACAUCUACUCCAGGUGUGGCUCCUUACCUUGCGCUAAAUCAACCUUCAAUGACCUUCGAUUCAAGAAUGACCAAUCUCAUAACACCAUGCUUGCUGCCUAUUGUCGCGCUGGCAGUCUUGACGUAGCAUACAGAUUUUUUGAUCAAAUCUCUGGUCGAAACCUUGUUAGUUAUAACACCAUGAUCUCAAGUCUCACACACCAUGGCCAUCAUGAGGAAGCACUUGAUCUCUUUUCCCAAAUGCGAAAGGACAUCAUCAUCAUGGAUAAAUUCACAGUAGUUGGUAUUUCAGUUGCUUGCGCUAGCUUGUUGGCCUUGAGAUGUCUUCGUCAGUUACAUGCGUCGGUCAUUGUUUCUGGACUUGAGCUGAAUCUAAUAAUGUCCAAUGUCAUGAUUGAUGCUUACGGGAAGUGUGGUGAUGUCGAUGCUUCCCGUUGCUUAUUUAAUAGGAUGAAAAGGAGAGAUGUUGUUUCUUGGACCUCAAUGGUCAGCGCAUAUGCAUCAGCUUGUAGACUUGAAGAAGCUCGAGCGGUGUUUGCUAGCAUGCCCGAGCGUAAUGUUGUGUCUUGGACAGCAUUGAUUUCUGGGUAUGAGCAGAAUGGGGAGGAGGAAGCGGCGCUGGAGCUCUUCACACAGAUGAUGGCUGAAGGAGUCAUUCCAACUCCAUUCACAUUAGUGUCCAUUUUAAGUGCUUGUGCAAGUUUAGGACUAAUUGAAAGAGGGAAACAAGUGCACGGGUUUACUUUUAGGAGGUUCAUUGGUUCGGAUUCUUUCAAUGUCUUCAUUUUUAAUGCCUUGAUUGACAUGUAUGCAAAAUGUGGCAAUAUGGUCUCCGCUUCUACAGUGUUCGAUAGAAUGCCUGAACGGGAUCUUGUGUCUUGGAAUUCAGUUGUUUCUGGGUUUGCACAGAAUGGACAUGGAAAGCAAUCACUUGACGUCUUUGAAAGGAUGGUGAAAGCAGGCGUCAAACCAAAUCAUGUCACAUUCUUAGGGGUGCUUUCUGCCUGCAGCCAUGCAGGUCUGGCCUCUGAGGGAUGCAGGAUGCUUAGUGUGAUGGAGAAAGAACAUGGAAUAUGCCCUAGGGCUGAGCAUUAUGGUGCAUUAAUUGAUACCCUUGGGCGGAAACAUCAGCUUAAAGAAGCCAUGCAGUUUAUAGAGUGUUUGGCUUCUGGAGGAGAUUUGGCUAGCGUAGGGAUAUGGGGAGCACUCCUUGGUGCAUGCCGGGUGCAUGGGAACUUAGAGAUUGCUAAUAUAGCUGCUGAGUCCCUAUUUAAAUUAGAUCCUAAAAAUGGGGCGAGAUAUACUAUGUUGUCCAACAUUUAUGCUGCAGCUGGCUUGUGGGAUGAUGUUCGACGCGUCAGGUUGCUUAUGAAGGAAAAAAGAUUGCAGAAGGACCCAGGUUACAGUUGGUUGGAGGUGAGGAGUGCAAAACAUAUGUUUGUAGCGUACGACAAGUCACAUUAUCAAGCAGAGGAGAUCUAUAGCUUGCUUGCUACUCUGGUGGAUCACAUGAUUGAUGCAAGAGAUAGUGUAGAAUACAAGCAGUGUCAGCUUUGGGAGCAGGUGAAAGAAGAGAGUGACAAGAGUUGCCACCCUUGCAUCAUCAAGUUCCAAGAGUGCAGCCUCCAACCACGACCACCACCGAGUCCUAAUGGCAUGGCAGUGCCACCCAUUGCUCAACCAUUCUAGUUUCCUCACAAGGUCUCAGAUGACACGCCAAAAAUAGCCUGAACCGGAUCAAAGUGAAGGUCUCACAACCCCCUUUAAUUGGUGCAAACAUCAUGCUCUCCUGCAAGAACCCAACCUCAUCUUCCCUCAGAAAGCAUCGAGCAACCACGUCCUCUCCAUGCUGCAAGACUUGGUCACCUCCCACCAUGAUAGGGUUGUUGUUUGCGAGGGGAGGAUCACUUUGGGAUGGCAACAUCCCAUCAUUACGACGUCACCGGAGGAGGAAGAAGAGCUCUCCCGAGUCUUCUGUGGCCUGAGAUUUUGGUGCGAACGUGCAAUGGUGUACCAACCAACCACUAAAAGGGUGGUGGACUCGAGCUUUUUAUCUUUGAUGCCAUCCCUUCUUCCGUGGUGGUGAUAAAAGAAGCAGCACAUUUCCUAAUGAGGAGAGCACGGCGUAGAGGAGCACAAAGUAUGUAGCCCUGGCAAUCAUUGCCUGGUUUUGGGACACGAAGCAGAAGCAACAAAGAGGUACACACUAUUCUGUAGGGUGUAUUAUAUAUAUGAAUGGGCAAAGAUGGUGGUUUCUUUUUCAAGUGAUGCUCUCAACAUUGGUCACCAUCUCAGCAAUGCUGUUCAUGGUGAAAAGAGUGGAAAGUGACGGGGAAAGUGGUGACGUGCUUGUUGGGGUGGCAUGACAUGGGCAUCCUCUUCUGGUCAUACCAGCAUAUGUUGAUGUUAGUAGUUACCGAGUGAGAUUUAUUUGGAGUUCAUAACUUGCUUCUCUCUCUAUGUCAUUGGAUUGAAAGAGAGAGAGAGA